GAGGAACGUUCUUCCUUGGCGGUGGUAUACAUGUGUAGUCAGAUGUGAAAAAGUUGGCCAGCAUGUCUCUUGUAUGAGGUUGCACAUUCAUGUGACUUUUCCGGAAAUCACGCUCCGACCUGCUUCUGACUAGACUGAGAAAAUUAUUCCAUCAUAAAAUGUUUCCACCACGCCCAGACGGAGAGUUGUUGACACGUCCACAGACACAUGUCCACUAGCGGUCAAUGCCGGCCAGAUUACUGACACAUACAGAGAGUUUUUUUGUAUAGUUAAUUGUGACAGCACUAUGUUGAAGAUUGGACUUUUCCUGACUUCGUGGCUGGCGGUUAAUGCGCAAGGGACGUCUGGGAGCUGCAUGUCUUCUGGGUGUGGCGAUGCCGGUAUAUGUAUAGACUAUGGGAGCGGCAACGUGCGCUGUUCCUGCACCGACGGCUUCCAGGGGACGGCGACACAGUGUGUAGCAGAGUCGGAUUGUAGGUUCACUGGAUGCACGGACGGCACGUGCGAGGCUGGGCGUGACGGAUCUUAUGGAUGCACGUGCAAGGCUGGGUUCGUCCUGUCUCAGGAUGACAACAAGUGUGUGCCAGCGCCCGAGAACUGCCCAGACACGCCGUGCCCCAAAGGAUACUGUCGGACCAACACGGACGGGAGCAAGGUGUGCGUGUGCACCGUUGUCAUCUCCUCAGCAUCUGGUCUCAUCAAAUGCAACUCGUCAGCCUCCAUGACAGUAGACUGCACGACCCGGAACUGUCAGUACGGCGUGUGUAUCAACAGGAACGGCGUGUACGGCUGCCAGUGUCUCAUGGGAUACACUCUGUCAACAACGGACCGCACUGUAUGUGUCCCCGUCACACAAGGACAGUCCUCCACAAAUGCAAUCAAUGUAUGCCAGUGGACGGUCUGCACCAACGGUCGCUGUGGCACUGACGUGUCAGGGGCUCCACGCUGUAUCUGUGACCCUGGCUACCAACUGUCACCAGCUAGCAGCAGCGUGUGUGUGAAGAUAUACAAACCAGUUCAAUGGGGUUGCGAUGUGAGUGGAUGUCUGAACGGCUACUGUGCUAGAGAGUAUAAUGGUCGCCGGAAGUGUAUCUGCUAUCCUGGAUUCCGGCCGCAUCCUCAUUACCCAUCACGCUGUGUCGAGAUGUACAACCCCUGGAGAUACAGUUUUGACAUUUUUUCUUCACCGAUGGGACUUCUACUUCUGGGAGAUUUCUAGAUCCGUGGACUGCCCAGUUUCAACUUAAUAAUAUAAGUCAAUAACACGAACUGUCUUAUUUAUAUAUGUAUGUUGCGUUAAGUAUGUUCAACCUAUGAAAACAUUUGUGUAUUAUAAUGAAUAUGUUGCACCAUUGAAUGGUGUACGUUUGCAUCGUGUUUUCCUCAUCAUGACAAUUGUACGCAAUUCUGGAAGGGACAUUGUUGAAUUGUCUCCCUUAAAAAAACAGGCACAAUAAUAAUAAACAAAGAGCGAUAUCGUGACAAUGUCCCUUCUAGGGUUCCAUACAUAGCAGACAGGUGAGGUGAGGUGAGGUGAGGUGAAAUGGGGUUUAACGUCGCGUCCAA